UGGGGCUAAAUAAAUAAAAAAUAUAGCAUAAGAAAUUUUACACAAAAUGAUCAAACAAUAACAUGCGGAAGUAACUAAACAUGGAUAUGCAACAGAUAUUCUUACCGGCGGCUUGAAGGAAAACUUUCUUUCUCCAUAGCGAGCGCAGAAGACGCGAGGGAAAACGAAGGAAGAGUGUGGGAAGAGAUGCUGGCAAUGGGUGCUCUUCCUUCUCCUCAUCCUCUAAAAAACCUGAGGCCUCAAAUCAUUGGCUCCCACAGUCACAGUUGCGUAUUCUUCAGUUUUGAUUUGAAAAGCAGUAAAAGGGUUUUCGCUUCGAACACUCCCUUUCAAGCUGUUCCAGAGCUCGAUGAUGCUGAUGGCACUUGCUCCCAUCUUCCGAGCCAGGAUGACAAAGAUGCUUCUCCAGGCAUUGUAAGUACCACAAAAAGUGCUUCUCCAACGCCUUCUAGUUUCAGAAAACUGAAAGCACACAAGUUAAAAGUUCUAAUGAAAAGAUCUUCACUGGUGAAGGAAAAGACUUAUGGAGAGACAAUGGUAACUGGGAUGAGGGAGGACACGAAAACUUCGAAUGCUUAUUUCAAACACGGUGAACAUCAGAUGUUGGAUUAUGAAAUUAUGCAAGAUGAUUCUCAAAGAUCUUUCCCCAAAAGAGCUGGACCAAAACGUUCAGCUCCUGCUGGUUCUUCUUACUCAAGAGGGUGGGGCAACGUAGGUCACGUUCAUAGUCUCAAAUCCAAAUCAACAAAACCUCUGCAACAACAGCAAAAAUUUUCUGCUGACAAUGACUUCUUUAGUAGAAAAUCAUUUAAAGAUUUGGGAUGCACUUGCUUUAUGAUUGAAUCUUUGAAGGGGCAGUUUUUCGUACGCCCUUCACAUAUUCAGGCCAUGGCAUUUACACCUGUAAUUGAAGGGAAGAGCUGUGUUAUAGCAGAUCAAAGUGGAUCAGGAAAGACAUUGGCAUAUCUGGUCCCUAUAAUUCAACGCCUCAGGCUAGAAGAACUCCAAGGACUUGGUGAAUCUGUUUCAAAAAGUCCUCAAGUACUUAUCAUGGUGCCAACUGCUGAGCUGGCAUCUCAGGUUUUGAAUAAUUGCCGGUCAAUAUCAAAAUUUGGGGUUCCAUUUCGAUCUAUGGUUGCAACGGGUGGAUUUUCUCAGAGAACUCAACUGGAAAAUCUAGAACAAGGUGUUGACAUUCUAAUAGUGACGCCUGGACGUUUCACAUUCCUAGUUAAAGAAGGAUUCUUACAGCAAACAAAUCUGAAAUGUGUUGUGUUGGAUGAGGUCGAUAUACUGUUUAAUGAUGAGGACUUUGAGGUUGCAUUAAACAGCUUGAUGAAUUCUUCACCAGUUGCCACACAAUAUCUUUUCGUUACUGCAACUUUACCAGUCGAUGUUUAUAACAAGCUUGUUGAGAUCUUUCCUGAUUGUGAAGUGAUCAUGGGACCUGGUAUGCAUCGCACAAGUACCAGGCUUGAAGAGGUUCUUGUGGAUUGCAGUGGAGAAAUUGGGACAGAAAGGACACCCGAUACAGCAUUUCUCAAUAAGAAAUCAGCUCUUCUGCGGAUUAUGGAGCAAAGUCCUGUUUCCAAGACAAUUGUGUUUUGUAACAAGAUCGAGACAUGCAGAAAAGUAGAGAAUGUAUUAAAACGCUUUGACAGAAAAGGAACAAAUAUUCGAGUUCUACCUUUCCAUGCUGCACUGGCAAAAGAAUCAAGGCUUGCAAACAUGACAGAGUUCAUGAAUUCUCCUCCAGGAGAAAACUCUUUAUUUUUGGUUUGUACGGAUAGAGCAUCACGUGGAAUUGAUUUUACUGGUGUGGAUCAUGUUAUACUCUUUGAUUUUCCACGUGAUCCAAGUGAAUAUGUGCGUCGAGUUGGAAGAACUGCUAGAGGUGCCACAGGAAAGGGCAAGGCAUUUGUCUUUGGGGUUGGGAAGCAAGUUUCCCUCGCACAGAGGAUAAUUGAGAGAAACAGAAAAGGUCACCCAUUGCAUGAUGUGCCAUCUGCUUAUGAGCUUAUGAGUUAAAUGCUGAAUGUUUGGACAAAGAAGCUGAUAAUCAAUGUACAUGCCGCCUAAGCUGUUAGAUGAUGACUAUCUUUUCAUAGUUUAUUUUUGUGCCUGCUUCUCUAUGUUCUUGAUAGCUCACGUACAUGUCCAACAGAACCUGGUAGCACAAAAUGAAUACAAUGGAGAAGAAUUAGUAAAGGAUGCUUAAGCUGUUAGAUCUAAGUUAAAGUCAGAUUGUGUAAAAGUUGGUUAAAGAAUUACUGAAUCAGUUAGUUGUUAGUUCAAAUUCUGUUUAGGCAGUUGUAUUUCUUUGUACACAACUCUAUAUAGCUCAGUUGUAAUUCAUUAGUUCAAUAGUGAGAAUAAUACUAAGAAUUCCUCUCUUUACGCUA